UCCGCAUCCAAGUUGCGAUCGGAUUCAUUCGCAUUCGCCAGUGAUCAACUCCGCUGCUGCAGAUCCACAGCCAGAUAAUGCUGCACUUAGUAUCGGUUGUUAUUAUAGCCCUGGGUCUGGGCUGUGCUGCAGGCCAGGAUUUGCGGCGUGUGGACGACACGGAGUUGAUUCAACUCCUGACCGGCAGCAGCAAUGUGGUUGUCCUAUUCAACAAAAACAAUUGCCAGCGCUGCGUGGAAUAUGAGAACAUGGUGACCAAGAUACGUGACCAGCUGGAGGAGACCUUGUCGGCCAUUGUGGUCCAGUCGGUAGACAGCAACCUGGUGUCCAUCUACGACCCCAGCAAGGAGCCCGCUCUGGUGUUCUUUAGGCGAGGAAUACCCAUUCUCUACCACGGCGAGAUCAACGAUGACGAAAUCCUAGACUUCUUCAAUGACAACUUGGAGCCAGCGGUCAAAGAGCUUUCUGACGACAACUUCGAGCACCUGACUCAAGCCUCGUCGGGUGCCACUACCGGGGACUGGUUUAUCUUCUUCUCUUCGGCCGAGUGUACCGUCUGUCAGCGACUCUAUGCCGUCUGGGAAUCCGUGGGCGGAAAGCUGAAGCGAAAGCUGAAUAUUGCCCGCAUGAACAGCUUAGAGUCUGGAAUUUCAACUGCUAAGCGCCUGGGAGUAUUGGAAGCACCGGCAUUUAUUUUCUUGAGGCAAGGAAAGAUGUACAAAUACUCGGCCAAGCAAUACAGUCCCGAGGCCUUUGUCCAGUUUGCAGAGAAGGGAUAUACCCAGAGCCAUCCUCAACCAGUGCCCGCAAUUCCCAGUGCCGUAAACGAAUUUUUGGGACCACUGCAGAGUUAUUUUGCAGCUGAAAACAUAACAUCGCUGGCGACUUUGGGUAUUUUCGCAUUGGUUGCUCUCUUAUUUGUUGGCAAAAAGGUGGCCAAAAUAUUCAGUUCAGAGCCGGCGAAAAAGAAAAAUAAGUCGAAAUAAAACUAAUAUUAACACGAAAUGAAA